GUAGAGGGCAACCUGUCAUGCUGCUCAGCCAACACGCGGCUUCGUCUGCAGCCAAUCACAGUUCUGCUACAGCCUCCUUGAUAAACUUGGCUGCUGUUUUCCGCUUAGCAGCAAUCUUCUUUUUCCUCGCCAUUAAAAGUUGUUUCUGAUCAAAUAAUGUGCUUCACGAAGAAUCUGGGAGUGAGGGAACGACACAGAAGGAGCAGAGACGGCACAGCGCUGUGAAAACAGGAGGAGAAAAGGAAGAAGAGAAAGAUGUAUCUCUGGCGUUUCUCCAUCGCCCUGAGCUUGGCUUUUCUCUGGUGUUUUUCAGACUGUGGCCGCACUGUCACACAGUAUGUUUUAUGUUUCCUCUUCUGUUUUCUUUUUCCCUGUGUUCUGGGCAACAGUGGAGAAGACCGCAGCUCUCAGACGGACGAAGAAAGCAGAGAAAACCUCCCGCAGGAAACUGUCGAGGAAGACUUGACAGAUGGACCAAGUUGUGAGCAGCUCAGUGCACUGGAUCCUCAGCAUGAGCAUGUGAAAAAGUCUCUGAGGCAAGUGUUUGAGUGCGUCUACGCCCAGCUGGUCCUGCCGUGGUACUGCGUCCCAGAGCCACGUGAGCAGCAGCCGCUCCACCAGGUUCUCGGCAGAGAGGUGGACUUUAUUAUCGACCGCAUCGUGGAAUAUGGCAAAGAUUUCGAUAUUUGCCAGGCAGUGGUUGGAUCCAUUCGUAUUCUCACCCAGCACCUGCACAACGCAAAGAUGCCCGACAGGGAUCCUCUGUUCAACUCCACCGCAGAAGAAAUCGCAGUUCUGCGAGAGUUUUCCGAUGCCCUCGUACGUAACCUGUUUCCCAGAUCUCUCUGGGGCCACGGAGUCAACCGCUGUGCCUUAAAUGAGAUAGUCGCCUUAAAGGGGUUUGGCCUGUUGGUGAAAUGGCUGUCGGACCCUGACAAUCUGAACCAGCUGGUCCUGAGCCAGCUCGACAGCGCCAGCCCCAAAGGCUCCGUUGACGAUCUGUGUGGAUCGGACCCGGAACAGUCUUCCCUGGGAUCGGAGGGCAAGGACGACGGAGAGAUGGGAGAAGUGAGCUCAGAAGGUGGAGAGGUUUCAUCUUCCUCAGGAAUCAAAAGUAGAAGAAAAGGCAAUAAAUUAAAACAGGGAUGGUCCAAGUUUGUAGAUAAGAUGAAGUCCAAGAAGGUCAAGAAGAAGAAGAUGAAAAAGAUGGAGCAGGAGCUGAUAAUGAGGAUGAUUGUCAAUCAAGAUAAUGGCAGUAAUGAUGAUGAUGUCAGCAGCCGGGAAGGUUCCAUUCACAGCCAGCAGGAUUCUGACAGGGAGGACAUUGAUCUGGAGAACUAUUUGACAACAGUCCAGGAGGACAUGAUGGAGUUCAAGCUGUCAUAUGAGAUGUGGCGCGUGGGCCGCUGGGCUGUCAGCAUCCCGCAUGCCGACUGGGAGGAAGAUGAGCUGACCUUCACCGUUCACCUGGAGGAGAACAACAGCCCUGAGAACCUGCAGUGGGACAUCAGGAAGAGCUACAUGGAAGUCAUUUAUUUCCGCAACAGAUGGCAGGAUUCAACCUCCCUGCCCUCAGUCCUGCCCCUGGAGGAGUCAGAGGUGAAUGAUGAUGUCAUAGAGGAGGUCAGAGUAUCAGUGGAGCACUUUCUGCAGGAACUGGUCUCUCAUAAUAUGAUUGGCCACACUCAGCCAGUGUUUCAAUUUCUGUGUCCUCUGGACAAACUGUUGAACGAGGAAGAACAUUAUGAAGGAGUGUGGGGUCUUCUCAGUGGCCUGGCCUACCUCCUGACUCCAGGUCAAGAGGAAGAGGAGACCUCCAGUCCUCAGGCUGAAGUCCCAAAAGAAAUCACAAUGCCAUCAUCGCACACAGAAUUCUCAGCACAGCCCUCUGAAAACCUUGGCUCCUCUCCUGAGAAUGGUGCUGAUGCUCCCUGUGCUGCUGUGCCAACUAUCAUUAUCUCCCAGUGUGAUCCUUCUUCAGAGCCACCAGAGGAAGCAGCCGCCGAGUGUGCUGUUAACCCUGAGCCACCGAGUAAUGAACACUCCUCUCAAGACAAAUCGGAGGACUCGGAUAAUCCCCUUACCUCUCACUUCAAAAUGAUUUUUAAAGGACUGACCCGAUCUAAGUCUCAAGAGUCCCUGGCCUCCACGAAAACCAGCCCUGACGAAGAAGCGUCCAAUGCAGAAUCCCCGCUGCACUGCAGUCUGAAUCCAAGAUCACGCAGGAGCAGCAUGGAGGAGACCCAGCGGCCUCAUCUCACCACCAGGUCAAACAAAAAGGAGAAAUUAUGUUUGAGGAUGUCAGCAGGAGCAAACAAGCCUAAAGGGAAGGAGCUGAGUGCUUUACCAAAAGAGGAGGAGGUCCAGGGUCAAAGGAGCCAAGUGGACUGGGAGCAGCUUGAGGCAACAAAAGCCAUAUUUGAUCUGCUGAAAGAAAUAUCUGGGAACUCCAUCCUCUUAAACAUAUUUGAUGCUAUUCUGAAGCCUGUUAUGCCCAUCUUGAAAAAGAAAGUCAACUCCUUCUUGAACAAGAUGAAUCCUUCAGAAGUACAGAUGGCAGCCUACAUCGACAUGCUGAGAGAAAAACAGUGGCCUGAGUCUCAAACAACGGCUCCUCCUCCCCCUCCCCGGACAGAGGAGGAGAAAAACCAGACCAAAGAGCGAGCACAUGAACUCAUCAAUGCCAGAUAUUCGAACUAUCUUAUUUUGAAGAAAACAGACAUGGAGUCGGUGUUUAAUCUUUUCCAAGACGGUGAAGAAAACAAAAAGCUGGUAUACAUCAUUCUUUCAUUCCUACUAAGAGAGUUUUUCCCAAAUGAACAUUCCUUCAAUGUGAGCGCUGCUGCUGCUGCAUUACAGAAAGUGACCAAUUCUACCAAGUGACCUGUGAAUCUUUUUUUAAUGGGACCUUUGCCAACAUUUUAAAAACAGCAACUUAUUUAUUGUGUAUUUUUUUAAUUACUGUGAAUGUUGAAAAUUGACUUCUGUGGUAAUUUUAUGUAAUGAAAUGUAUCGAGCAGACUGUGAACUUUUCUUUUAAUUUUUAUACCGUACACUUUCACUUGGAUCGAUUUGUUGAAUUCUGAUUUUGUCAACCGUGUAGUUUCAACUUCAGGGAGAACGAAUAGGUUUUAUGUAUGGGUGGAAUUUCAGCACUCACAUUUUACCAUCACAUGUUUUUCACUUUGUGCACUGUUUAUGGUGAAGACAGUUUGGAAACUGGAUGGAUGGACCUCAGGUUUUUUAUAAAAACAUUUCUCAGAUUUUCCAACAUGUUACUGUGUCCAAACACUUGAAAAAAUGCUCUUGUAAACAUCUUGAAUUUCUUAAAUAAAAUAUUUUUAAUUGA